GUGCCUUCACGGCAUGAAGGUGGGCAGGCCGGGCAGCAACCUGCCCCACGGCGGCACCAUCUACCCCAUCAACAUCGCCUGGGCGGCCACGUUUGACGACGGGCUGGCGCUGCGGGCGGCGUCCCAGGUGGGCGACGAGAUGCGGGCGCAGUACAACCGGCGGGCGCGGGCGGGUGGCCCCCUCGCCUACAGCAACUGCUUCGGCCCACACGUGCACAUCGUCAGGGACCCUCGCUGGGGGCGUAUGGCGGAGACGUUUGGCGAAGACCCGCUGCUGCAGUCCAACAUGGCUGUGGCGCACGUGAGGGGCCUGCAGGGCGGGGCGGGCACCGACACCUACAUCAAGACCGUCGCCACCUGCAAGCACUUCAUCGGCAACGACCUCGAGGGGUGGGAGGGGGUGACGCGCCACACCUUUGACGCCAACAUCACCGAGCGCGACCUGCGCGACUCGUUCCUGCCGCCCUUUGAGGCGUGCGUGCGCGAGGGCGGCGCCCUGGCCGUCAUGUGCUCCUACAAUUCUCUCAACGGCCUCCCCGCCUGCGUCAACAAGCCGCUGCUGACGGGCCUGCUGCGCGGCGAGCUGGGCUUCGCCGGCAUGGUGGUCACCGACUGCACGGCGCUGACCCGCAUCGUCAAGCCGCGCCCCAAGGGGCCCCACUUUGCCGGCGGCGACAAGCGGCGGGCGUCGGCGCUGGCGGUGCAGGCGGGCACCGACAUGGCCUGCCACCUGUUUGACAUGCUGCAGCCCGGGGAUGUGAGCCAGCGGGACCUGGAUGCGGCGGUACGCCGCGUGCUGCACAACCGCGUCAGGCAGGGCCACUUCAACCCGCUCAGCGAGCUGCCCUUUGACCAUCUGGAUGGCAGCGUGUUUGGGCGGGCCGCGCACCGCGACACGGCGCGAGAGAUCGCCGCCAAGGGCACCGUGCUGCUCAAGAAUGCAGAGGGCACGCUGCCGCUGAGGCCCGCCGCCAUGAAGCAGGUGGCGGUGAUCGGACCCUUUGCAGACCAGCCCACCUACAUCCUGGGCAAGUAUUACGGCGCAACCGCGGGCCCCAUCACCACGCCGCUCCAGGCCAUCCAGGAUGCGGUACCAGGGGCCAAGGUGCUGUACAAUAAUGGUACCGCGCUGCAGUACAGCAAGG